GAUUUUUUGAAAUAUUUUAGGUGACACAAUUAUCGGGAUUUCCUGAAUAUGUUAAGAUAGUAGAAGUUGGACCGAGGGAUGGCUUACAAAAUGAAAAGGUCAUUGUACCCACAGAUAUCAAAAUUGAGUUUAUCAAUCAGCUUUCCAAAACAGGCUUAUCUGUAAUAGAGGUGACCAGCUUUGUAUCUUCCAAAUGGGUUCCUCAGAUGGCAGAUCAAACAGAAGUAAUGAAAGGCAUCUAUCAGUACCCUGGUGUUCGAUAUCCUGUGCUCACUCCUAAUCUUCAGGGUUUUCAUCAUGCUAUUGCAGCUGGAGCCACAGAGGUGUCAGUAUUUGGGGCAGCAUCCGAGUCAUUCAGUAAGAAGAACAUUAAUUGUUCUAUCGAAGAAAGCAUGGAGAGGUUUGAAGCAGUUGUUAAGUCAGCAAGGCAUAUGAAUGUUCCAGUGAGAGGGUAUGUUUCUUGUGCCCUGGGAUGCCCAUAUGAAGGACAGAUCGCCCCUGAAAAAGUAGCUGAAGUGUCUAAGCAGUUGUACAGCAUGGGCUGCUAUGAGAUCUCUCUGGGGGACACAAUUGGAGUGGGAACUCCUGGAAGUAUGAAAAGAAUGUUGGAAAGUGUUAUGAAAGAAAUCCCAAUAAGUGCUCUUGCUGUUCACUGUCAUGACACAUAUGGGCAAGCUUUAGCAAAUAUUCUCACAGCCUUGCAGAUGGGAAUCAAUGUUGUGGACUCAGCUGUAUCUGGAUUAGGUGGUUGUCCUUAUGCAAAAGGUGCUUCUGGGAAUGUAGCAACAGAGGAUUUGAUAUAUAUGCUGAAUGGUAUUGGACUCAAUACGGGAGUCAAUCUUUACAAAGUGAUGGAAGCUGGAAACUUUAUCUGUAGAGCUAUAAAUAAGACAACAAACUCUAAAGUAGCUCAGGCAUCCUUCGGCGUUUGACCUCAAUGAAGUUCGGUUGUGAAAUUUGGAAGCUCAAUCACACCUACAUAGAUCUCAUCUGAGAAACAUUACUGUCACCCUAUUUGGAAAUGUGAAAUGAUGGGCACGACUGGAACUGGACUCUUAAAAAGAAGAUCGUUGAUUUAAACCAUAAAAAUGAGUGCUUGAUACCAGUUAACGAGAAAAACUUGUGGAUAAAUAAUAAACGAUUUCAGUGUAUCAACAUAUUAGAACUUGAAAAAUGUUAUAUAUUGCUGUGACAGAAAUAACUUUAAUUCAUGUGAAAAUUGACUGCAGAUUUCCCCAAUAUUGAAUACUUGGUUAAUACUUAAUCAAGUUGGUUUAACAGUGUACAUAUUUUCAGUAGUUUAUGAGAUUCCACAUAGUGUGUGGCCCUGAUAUUCUACAUUUUGCUUCUGGAUCUCAACUUUCUGUUUGCCAAGUCUGUUAAGUUAUGAAUGAAGAGCCAAAUCUCAAUAUGACCCUAAGUAAUUUUAGCAAUAAGACUUUUGUAUUUCAGCUCUAGUUAACAUCUGUUAACUAUUUGAAUGACUUUAUCUUGUUCCAAGAGACUGUGGUCAAUGGCAACAUGCCAUAUCCUGUGAACAUAUUAGGACCUCCCAUAUUUGUUACAUGCAUCCAGUUCACCAUACUUCCCUUUUCAUCAGUUCCAUUACAAAACAAUGGGUUCUUCCUCAACAAUAAAGAAGUUGGAGGUAAGAUUUCCAUCUCGUUUAUUCCAUACGAUGAAGGAGAAUGAUUCUGACUCUACUUGUAGCGCAUCUUUUUUUCACAUUUUCAGGGGGUUCCAUGUUGCCCUUGUAACUAAUUGUAAUUACAGUGCUAUUAAGGACAAUCUUCAAUUCAGGGACAAUGACAUUCUUCCUUAUUCUGUAGUUAAGUUGGACCAUCAUCUAGUGGGGUAAUCUGUUUUUAGUACUGCAUAUAAUAUUAAACUUGAUGAAAUUCUUGCUUAUUAUAAACCUAAGAGGUAAAAUUGUCACACAGUAAACACUUAUUGAAAUGGCUCAGGCCAAUGCAUCAAAGAUGGGUAAUGAAAAAUACAAUGUUAAGAAUAACAUUUUAGUAACUGAUGUAAAUCAUAUGCAGAAAAAUGUACUAUUUCAUUCCUAAAUGUCAGUUAUCUUAUUUAUGUAAGCUUCUCCAAUAAUACCUGAUGAUAUUAUCUUUUGAAUAAAUUGAAUAUUGGCUCAAAUAUGAAAA